CCUAGAAACUUCCCGAGCCCGCGCAGGCGCACUAGCGGCCAGAAGAUGGCGGGGAUCGUCGCCGCCCUUUUCUCUCUUUUUUUUUUUUUUUCAAAUGAGUCGUUCCCACAAGUCCUUGCGCGCAUUUGUAACGAAUUUCCGUUCGAGUUUGUAUUUUAGGCGCCAUUUUCGAGUGGAGGACCUGGAGCCGAGGCGUCGCCACCAUGCCCCGGAAAGGCGCCCAGCCGUCCAGCGCCCGGCGCCGAGAGGAAGCGCCGCCGGUGACCCCGGACGGCGCCAGCAGCGACGCGGAGCCCGAGCUGCGGGCCGCCGGCGCCCCGAGCCUGCCAGCGGCCUCCCCAGAGACUCCAGGUGAGGAGCUCGACACCCGGAGUUUAGAAGAGAUUUUGAGUAGUAUCCCUCCACCCCCGCCCCCCGCCAUGACCAACGAAGCCGGAGCUCCCCGGCUCAUGAUCACUCACAUCGUAAACCAGAACUUCAAGUCUUACGCCGGGGAAAAAAUCCUGGGACCCUUCCAUAAGCGCUUUUCCUGUAUAAUUGGGCCAAAUGGCAGUGGCAAAUCCAAUGUUAUCGAUUCUAUGCUUUUUGUGUUUGGCUAUCGGGCUCAAAAAAUAAGAUCUAAGAAACUGUCGGUGCUAAUUCAUAAUUCUGAUGAGCAUAAGGAUAUUCAGAGUUGCACUGUGGAGGUUCAUUUUCAAAAGAUAAUCGAUAAGGAAGGGGAUGAUUAUGAAGUCGUUCCUAGUAGUAACUUCUAUGUAUCUAGAACGGCCUACAGAGAUAAUACUUCUGUCUAUCACAUUAGUGGGAAGAAAACUACAUUCAAGGAUGUUGGAAAUCUUCUUCGAAGCCAUGGGAUUGACUUGGACCAUAAUAGAUUUCUAAUCUUACAGGGUGAAGUUGAACAGAUUGCUAUGAUGAAACCAAAAGGCCAUACUGAACAAGACGAGGGUAUGCUUGAAUAUCUAGAAGACAUAAUUGGCUGUGGACGACUGAAUGAACCUAUUAGAAUCUUGUGUCGGAGAGUUGAAGUACUGAAUGAACACAGAGGAGAGAAGCUAAACAGAGUUAAAAUGGUGGAAAAAGAAAAGGAUGCCUUAGAAGGAGAGAAGAACAUGGCCAUUGAAUAUCUGACCUUAGAAAAUGAAAUAUUUAAAAAAAAGAAUCAUGUUUGUCAAUACUACAUUUAUGACCUGCAGAAACGAACUGCUGAAAUACAAACUCAAAAGGAAAAAAUUUAUGAAGACACCAAAGAAAUCAAUGAGAAGAGUAAUAGACUGUCAGAGGAAAUGAAAGCUAAGAAUAAAGCUGUUAAAGAUGUAGAGAAGAAACUGAAUAAAAUCACAAAAUUUAUUGAGGAGAAUAAAGAAAAAUAUACACAACUAGAUUUGGAAGAUGUUCAAGUUAGAGAGAAAUUACAACAUGCUAAAAUUAAAGCUAAAAAACUAGAGAAACAAUUUCAAAAAGAUAAAGAGAAGGCUGAAGACUUUAAAAAUCUGCCCGUCAACAGUAAGAAUAUCAUAACGGAGGCAACAGCCAGAAGCAAUUCCCUUGAGAAGGAAAAGGAGAAAGAAGAAAAAAAGUUGAAGGAAGUUAUGGACAGCCUAAAACAGGAAACUCAGGGGCUUCAGAAUGAAAAAGAAAGUCGAGAGAAAGAACUUAUGGGUUUCAACAAAUCAGUAAAUGAAGCACGUUCAAAGAUGGAUGUGGCCCAGUCAGAACUUGAUAUCUAUCUAAGCCGACAUAACACUGCAGUGUCUCAGCUAAAUAAGGCAAAAGAAGCCUUGGGUACAGCUUCUGAAACUCUGAAAGAAAGGAAGACUGCCAUCAAAGAUAUAGAGGCCAAGCUCCCUCAAACUGAACAGGAAUUAAAGGAGAAAGAAAAAGAAUUCCAAAAACUUACACAAGAAGAAAAAAAUUUGAAGAGUUUGGUUCAUGAUCUUUUUCAAAAAGUUGAAGAAGCAAAGAGUUCCUUAGCGAUGAAUCGAAGUAGGGGGAAAGUCCUGGAUGCGAUCAUUCAAGAAAAAAAAUCAGGCAGGAUCCCAGGAAUAUAUGGAAGAUUGGGGGAUUUGGGAGCCAUUGAUGAAAAAUACGAUAUCGCCAUUUCAUCCUGUUGUCAUGCCUUAGACUACAUCGUUGUUGAUUCUAUCGAUACAGCCCAAGAAUGUGUGAACUUUCUGAAGAGAAAUAACAUUGGAGUUGCUACCUUCAUAGGUCUGGAUAAGAUGGCAGUGUGGGCAAAAAAGAUGACCAAAAUUCAAACUCCUGAGAACACCCCUCGGUUAUUUGAUUUAGUUAGAGUAAAAGAUGACAAAAUCCGCCAAGCUUUUUACUUUGCUUUACGGGAUACCUUGGUAGCUGACAACUUAGAUCAAGCCACAAGAGUAGCCUAUCAGAAGGACAAACGGUGGAGAGUGGUAACCUUACAGGGACAAAUCAUCGAACAGUCAGGCACAAUGACCGGCGGGGGAAGCAAAGUGAUGAGGGGGAGAAUGGGGUCUUCGCUCGUCCUGGAACUCUCUGAGGAAGAGGUAAAUAAAAUGGAAUCACAGUUGCAAAAAGAUUCUCAGAAAACAACACAAAUCCAAGAACAGAAAGUACAGCUUGAAGAAGCCAUAGUUAAGUUAAGGCACAGUGAAAGAGAAAUGAGGAAUACACUAGAAAAGUUCACUGCAAGCAUCCAGCGGUUAUCAGAGCAAGAAGAAUAUUUAAGUGUCCAAAUUAAGGAACUUGAAGCCAAUGUACUUGCUACAGCUCCUGACAAAAAAAAACAGAAAUUACUAGAAGGAAAUGUCAAUGCUUUCAAAGCCGAAUAUGAAGCUGUGGCAAAGAAAGCUGGCAAGGUAGAAGCUGAGGUCAAACGGUUACAUGAUCUCAUCGUAGAAAUCAACAACCAUAAACUCAAGGCCCAACAAGACAAACUGGAUAAAAUCAACAAGCAGUUAGAUGAAUGUGCCUCUGCUAUUACUAAAGCCCAAGUAGCGAUCAAUACUGCUGACAGAAAUCUUAAAAAGGCACAAGACUCUGCCUUUCGCACAGAGAAAGAAAUAAAAGACACAGAGAAAGAAGUGAAGGACUUGCAAGCAGAGCUAAAAAACCUUGAGGAGAAAGCAACAGAAGUCAUCAGCAACACCAAUGCUGCAGAGGAAUCCUUACCAGAGAUCCAGAAGGAACAUCGUAACCUACUUCAGGAACUGAAAGUUAUUCAAGAAAAUGAACAUGCUCUUCAAAAAGAUGCACUGAGUAUUAAGUUGAAACUUGAGCAAAUUGAUGGUCACAUUGCUGAACAUAACUCUAAAAUAAAAUACUGGCAAAAGGAGAUUUCAAAAAUUACAUUGCACCCUAUAGAAGAUCAUCCUAUUGAAGAGAUCUCAGUUCUAAGCACAAAGGACCUAGAAGCAAUCAAGAACCCAGAUUCUAUCACAAACCAAAUUGCACUUUUGGAAGCCCAGUGCCAUGAAAUGAAACCAAACCUUGGUGCCAUUGCAGAGUAUAAAAAGAAGGAAGAACUGUAUUUGCAACGAGUAGCAGAAUUGGACAAAAUUACAUCUGAAAGAGAUAAUUUUAGACGGGCCUAUGAAGAUCUUCGAAAACAAAGACUUAAUGAGUUUAUGGCAGGUUUUUAUGUAAUAACAAAUAAAUUAAAGGAAAACUACCAGAUGCUUACUCUAGGAGGGGAUGCAGAACUAGAACUUGUAGACAGCUUGGAUCCCUUCUCUGAAGGAAUCAUGUUCAGUGUUCGGCCACCUAAGAAAAGUUGGAAGAAGAUCUUCAAUCUCUCAGGAGGAGAGAAAACGCUCAGCUCACUGGCUUUAGUAUUUGCCCUUCACCACUACAAGCCCACUCCCCUUUACUUCAUGGACGAAAUCGAUGCAGCCCUUGACUUUAAAAAUGUAUCCAUUGUUGCCUUUUACAUAUAUGAACAAACGAAAAAUGCCCAAUUCAUCAUAAUUUCUCUUCGAAACAAUAUGUUUGAGAUUUCAGAUAGACUUAUUGGAAUUUACAAAACAUACAAUAUAACAAAGAGUGUUGCAGUAAACCCAAAAGAAAUAGCAUCUAAAGGACUUUGUUGAACUUUAUCCUGAAGAUGUGUUUGAACAGAUUUGCAUUUCUGGUUCUGUUUGUAAAAGAUUACAAAUGUUGUACAAAGUACAUAUUAAGCUGUUUGACAAAAGUGCUAUUUUCACUGUUACGAGUUGAUAUAUUCUCUAUGCUUAUUAGAUUAUAAAAAUUAUCUUAAUAUGUGUGUAUAUAUAUCCAAGCUGACCUCAAACUCAGUCAUCCCCCCUCAGCUUCCUAAAAGCUAAGAUUAAAGUUGUGCAUCACUAUGCCCAGGUCUAAAAAAAUAAAAAAAAACUAAGUGGCAAACUAGAGGAAAUAGAAUGGCUGGAGGAUCAGGUGACUUGUCCUUCGUCCAGAAUUGCUACAAACAAAGAGUUUAAAAGUAUGUUGAAAAUAAAUUUCAAAGCUACAGUGUGUUAUCAAGGCUCAGCCUCAUGUUUAUUUGACCUAAACUGGGAAAUUCUAGCAAGCAGUAGACAGAUUCUAAGGCACUGUGCUUAAUGCUCGUGUAAUGGGAAAUGUCCUUAAGGCAUUUGCUUAAUGACUUAUAAUAGGAAGAUGAAACGUGUGUCAUUUGAUUUUUUUUUUUUUUUUUUUGGACAGGGGUGAAGAGGGCAUGCUUACCUGGUACUCAUAACUACCAUUCUACCACUUGAGCCACAAUACGGUGGGGAUGGGGGUAGGGGUAACUCCUUCAGCUGGUUCAGUUUUUUUUGCUGGUUAACUGUAGUCUCAGCCUUUGCUGUAAGGGUUGGCUUCAAACAAUCUCCAGAUCUCAUCCUGCAUAGUGCUCAAAUAGGAUUUUUUUUGUUUACUGUAUUUGAAGCAUGUUAGAAGUCGAAGUAAGUUGACAACCAGUUGGAUUUCAGAAGAAACUGCAUCCAGAGAUUCAAUUUCUAGGUAUUUAAAGAAUUCACCAACUGGCUACCCAUUUAUUGGACCACUGUUUAAUGUAUUUUUU